AUGAGAAAAAUAAAGGCAGUUAUAGUUGGAGGGAGCAUAGUAGGUAUAUGCUCUGCACAUGCUCUUAUUAGAGCAGGUUGGGAUAUGGUGGUUCUUGAGAAAACUCCAACACUUCCAACUGGUAGCCCUACUGGUGUUGGCCUUAGACUUGACCCCCUAUCUCACAAAAUCAUUGAAUCUUGGCUUCAACAACCAUAACUACUUCAACAAUCCACCUUACCUGUUUCCCUAGAUCAAAACCAGGCAACAGAUGGAGAAACAAAAGUGAGCAGGACAUUAACAAGGGAUGAAAAUUUCAAUUUCAGAGCAGCUUAUUGGGCUGAUCUCCAUAAACUUUUGUAUGGUGCACUACCAGUAGAUAUUGUUUUAUGGGGUUAUUUUUUCCUCUCCUUUUCCAUGUAUGAUGAUAAAUCAAAAGUGAAAGUCGAAGCUAAAGAUCUUGAAAUGGGUGUUACAGUUGACAUUGUUGCUGAUUUGCUUAUUGCUGCUGAUGGUUGUCUGUCUUCAAUCAGACAAAGUUUCUUUCCAGACCUUAAACUGAGAUAUUCAGAUUACUGUGCGUGGAGAGGGAUUCUUGAUUCUUCCAAUAAGGAACACUCAGAAGCCAUUAUCAUCCUUAAGAAAUUGUAUCCAGAUCUUGGGAAAUGUCUGUACUUUGACCUGAGCGCUGCAACUCAUUGUGUAUUUUAUGAGUUAUUGAACCAUAGGUUUAAUUGGAUAUGGUACAUUAAUCAGCCCGAACCUAACCUCAAGGGAAAUUCUGUGACCAUGAAGGUUAGCGAAAACUUGGUUCAAAGUAUGCAUGAAGAAGCUGAGAAGACUUGGGUUCCUGAAUUUGUCAGGGUAAUUAAAGAAAUUAAGAAACCUUUCCUAAAUGUGAUAUAUGAUUGUGAUCCUCUGGAGCAGAUUUUCUGGGACAAAGAGGUGUUGAUUGGAGAUGCAGCUCAUCCUACUACUCCUCAUGGUUUGAGAAGUACAAACAUGUCGAUAUUAGAUGCAGAUGUUUUAGGGAAAUGCCUAGAGAAGUGGGAAGUGGAAAAUCUGAACUCUGCCCAAGAAUAUCAGUCCAUUAGGCUGCCAGUUACUACGGAGCAGGUUUUAUAUUCUAGGAGACUAGGUCGCAUUAAACAAGGUUUAUCAUUUUCAGACCGUCCGUCCUUUGAUCCAAAAACUGCGAGUUCAGAUGAUUGUGAAGAGCUUCAGCAGAAAAACAUGCCUCAUUUCUACAAUAUUCCUUCGUUAUUGAAGUAAUAUCACUGGUUUUAUUCUGGCUGGUUAUUAAAGUGUUGUUGGAUGCGUAAUUGGGACGAGCAUAUUUUGCAACUGACUGUAUUCUGCUGCACCCAAAAUAUAGCAGGCAGAGUCAUUGUUGUUGUAUCAGUAUACAAUUCAUGACCUCAUGAAUGUAGUCAAAAGAAAGUUGAUAUUUGACAGUAAAUAAAUUUCUCUGUCAUUGCUUAUUCUCGUGUUUUAAAGAAUAUCGCUGUGGACACAGUUAUCGUGGUUGCUUCUAUGUAAAA